AAGAUUUGCUUCAGUGACGUCACUCCCGGAAGUUUUUGUUUCCUCGUCUGUCAGCCUUGUCAAGGUGCGAGUGUCCAGCCUUAUCUCAAUGUUUGCAUCUCAAAUACGUGGCUUUUAGCACUAAUAAAUGACAUUCCCAUCGUGGAUACCAGACCUCUAGACGAGGACAGCGUUUUGACACGUAGGCCUGUGCAGCCAUGGAACACCUGGCUGUGGAUGAUGACAUCUGCAUCCUUAAACACGAGACAGCCUACACUGCUGCUGGAGAGAGCCCUGUAUCAGUGUGUGCUGGCGAUGAAUCUGUAGCUUCUCAUUUUGCCCUCGUCACAGCCUAUGAGGACAUCAAAAAGCGACUAAGAGAGACUGAGCGAGAUAAUACUUUCCUAAGGAAACGAGUCAAGCAGCUGGAGGAUAAGCUCUUCCGACCUGAGGCUUCAGAGGGUCCCCAAUAUGUGAACAAGGCCUUCAGCGCAUAUCGAGGUAUCUAUAUUGAAAAGGAGGACCUGCAGCUGGAGCUUAACAAACUGAAAAAAGAGAAGAGUGAGAGUGAGAGGCUGCUGACAGAGCAGCUUCAAAGCAAAGAGCUGGAACUGCUUCAGCUUAGGACAGAGAUGGAGACCAGUCAAGUGAUGAAGAGCUUGAACAGUCCUCAGGACUACUGGCAGAUGGACUGUGUUAGUGCUGAGCGAAAGAUCUAUAAACUUCGGGAAGAGCUGGAAAGUUUGACAGUGGAAAACAACAGACAACUACUGGAAAUGAGUGGGGAGGAACUAUGUGGCCUGAAUGGAGAAAAUUUGGAACAGAUGUGCGAUGACAAGUUCAAUAUGAGGGAGAGGAGCAUGCAGCAGGUAUAUGAGGCUUUAUGUUCUGAGAUGACUCAUCUGCGUUCAGGGCUGAAACACCAAACAGGCCUGAUUCAGAAGCUGAGACCACUGAUCAGUGAGACAAGACAAGUUCCAAUUCAGUGUCUGGAAGAGAUUGAGACAAACCACCAUGCAGUUCUUCAGGCACCAGUACAUCGACCCCCCAGUGCCCCCCCCCUACCCUCUUGUUCUGGCCGCCCCUGUCCCCCCGUUGGUGGCCCGACCAGCACCCUGUUACCGGACAUUUUGAGAGAGGACUGUUGGUAUAAUGGCCCAUGGCCAACAGAGCAGUGCUCUGGAGAGGCCUUGAUUGGGAAUGAGACCUCUUCUGUCAUUUUGCCCCCACCUCCCCUUAACCAGGCCUCCAUAGAUGAUAGUUCUAGGUCCUUCCCCAGUCCCCCCAAACCUAGUGAAGCCCUUUUCUGGGAGGGACACUCAGCUGCAUCAAAUUCAUCAUCCUUGAUUGGAAACUGCAGCCCUAGGAGCCCUCCCAAUACAGAGUGGAUCAAACCGUUUUGAGAGGAGCUUCAGUACAGAGACUAUGAUUUUUGCAAGCCUGCCACAUAGCUCGCACCUAAUCUGCCUUAAAUUAAUAAUGCCACUCCCCAGUGGGCUGGAUGAGAUUGGACCUGCAAGUUGUGGGAACCAGAUGAAGGCCAGAAGAGGCUUUGAGGUAAAGACUCAACAUCUAUUGCAUACAUCACUGAUGACCGUAUACCACCUUGCAGAGACUAUUCUUAUGAUGUACCCCAAAAGGACCCAGUUGUUUGUCCAAUGUAGAGUUGAUAUAUAAAGUCCACACACUCCUGUUUAAAUGCCAGGUUUUUGUUAUAAAAAAUGAGACCAAGAUGAAAUCAUUUCAAAACUUUUACCAUCAUUAAUGUGACCUAUAACCUGUAUAGGAAUUGUAAUUGGAAACAGUAUGAAACCUUUCAAAGAGGGGAAGUAAAAAUACACUGAGAUAAUGUGGUUGCACAAGUGUGCCCUAGGGGUUGCUCUGAUUAGUCGACCCGUCGACUUCACCACUCAACAUUGACACGGUUUAAGUCGGUUAAUUGCCAAUCACGUGUAUUGGCAUUAACAUUGACACCUUGCUGAAAUCAACAGGUGGUCGGUCAGUGCAGUGGUGCUUCAAGCGUGUGGAAAUAUUUUACUAAAAUGAGGCUAGUUGCACUGUCACUUGCAAAAUAUGCAAGUCUGUAUCCUCAAAUAUAACAAAAGCACAAGUGCUAUUAACACCCAUCUGAAACGGCAACCGUUAAUGCUAGGUUCUGAACAGCCCAAAUUCUCACGUCAACUGUCAGCAAUUCAAAUGCCCUCCUGUAACAGUGAAAAGACAAGAUAAUAAUAUACUGUUAGCGUCAGCUUAGACGAAAUUACAAGCGGUGGUUGAGCAGCAACCUUUUUAUUGUGAAAAUGAACGGCUCAUGUUGGCCAUAACUACGCCUAAAACAAAACAUCCAGCUUGUUUCACUCAAGCAUACAUCCCACAGACACACGCAGGCACGUUCCUCUUCCUUCUUCCAGUCACCUAAUCUCCCAACUCACUCACUCAUCCAAUCACAAAUCACACGUUCACUGCCUCACAGUCUGAAUUUACAUAAGUCUAGCAAGAAUCCACAUAAGACAGUCGGUAAAAGGGUACUUACAAUACAUUAUUGAAAAGCAUUCCCCCCUCUUGUGGGUGUUAUUUUAAUUAUAGUCCAGUUGUGAAUUUGUGAAUUUGAGUUGGACAUUUACCAUUUUUGACUGUCUGCGAGGCAGUUGGUAUCUGAAUGUGAUUGGAUGAGCCAAUUGAGGGUGGGGCGACUGUACACAAAGACAAUGGUGAGGAUGUCUAUGGAGGGGGAGCGUGUCCUUGUAUUUGGAGGCUAAAGGCAAACAGUUGCGUAAAUAGCGAGUUGGCAACUUAAAGAGCAUAAAUUACAUAAGCGAUUACUCCUCGUCUAUCAUCACCUUAGUGUUGACUACAAAAAUCUGAAAUCAUUCAACCCCUACUGUGCACACCCUCUUAUGAAUAGAUUUUACACCGAUGUUAUCUGCCUGACCAGUAUUGGCCGAUAAUUUGCAUUUUAUGCAGAUCGGCUUUAAAUGUCAUCAUUCGCCGAUCCGACCGCGAAACACAUUUACUCCGCGUCGCCAUUGUGUACAGUAUAUUUUAAUCCAACAGCUAAUUUAUUUUUAGGCUUGUCGCAUGUCUUUUGACGUAGUACUGUAAAUAUUUGACCACCAAUAAAGUUAUUUAAAAAAAAAAAAAAAAAAAAAAAAAAACAUGUCAGCAGUGUGGGACAGACAACACGUUCGAGACAGACAACACGUAAUGCCUGGAUCAGACUACAAGACAAACUUGGUCUUUCACGAUUGCACUAUGUCAGACUACUGCAAUAAAGUCUUGUAUUUUCGAUACCAACUCAAACUCGACCGGAUACACUCGUUACCAUGGCGACGAUAUCGCAACGCAUGCAUUAUAAGAACAAAAUGGGGGAAAAGGUGCUGGUGGUCACUGGCACUCGGGAGAUUACGUUCAUUUAAGGCUUGUUUGAGGUAUGUUCACAUACUUUUAAUACGAUACGGCUCGCAAGCAGGCAACAAAACGUUAUGUAGCCUAGCAAGCUAGUGCUAGCACUAACAGUUGUAAGUAAACAUGCCAGCGUUCUGUCGAAUCAUGCUCUAAAGUUUUUGUGUGUGUGAAGCAAUUUAAUUACAAUAAUUUAAUUACAGUAAGUUAGCACUCAUUAUUUCCGUCAUGUUGUAAUGUUGGUUUGACCUGACUGAUUAGAAUACAUUACCUGACUAGAGCAGUGAUUUCCAACCUUUAUGGAUCCAAGGCACAUAUUUUACACUUGAAAAAUCUCACGACACACCAACAAACAAAAAUGUCACAAAAAGUGGAUACAUUAAUUACUGUAUGUACUUCCUGCCGUCUAAUAGAAGUCCAUUCAUUUGUUCCGCCUGUCACUAUGCCUCACUGGCAUAAAUAGAUGAACAUCCAUCCAUUUUCUGUACCACUUAUCCUCACCAGGGUUGCGGGCGUGCUGGGGCCUAUCCCAGCUAGGUACACCCUGAACUCGACAAAGAUACAUUAUUUAUUGUAAAUCGAAUUUUUUUUGCAAUUAAGUACACAAGUAUAUACAGUAAAUGAACAAGUCAUUUAAAUAGACACAUUGCGCCAUCUUGUGAUCGGUUAUCGUUUUUUUAAACCCGGUGAUCGGCCCCAAAAGUCCUGAUCAUGUAAAGCCUACUUAUAACUAGGAAUGUGGCUGUGUUCAGACUCAACCAAUCACAUUCAAACUCUUUUUAAAUUGGAGUCAGCACACACCUGCCAACAUUUAAAGUGCCUCUGAUUAACCCCAAAUAAAGUUUAGAUGUUCGAGUGGGCUUUUCUUGACAUUUUUCUAGUCACCUCUGACUGCACAAGUCAUGGGCCACGAAGAACUUCCACUGCAUCAGAGGGAUCUCAUUUUUCAAAAGGUAUCAGUCAAAAGAAGGGUACAAAAAAAAUCCAAGGUAUUAAAUAUACCAUAGAACAUAAUGAAGGCAGUCGUUACCAACUGGAGAAAAUGUACUGUUCUGCAACAGCAACAUUAUCCAAAUUUAAUCCCUCCAAAAUUGCUGAAAAGAUCAGAAGAAAACUGGUCAGGAGGCCUGCCAAGAGGCCAACAGCUACUUUGAAGGAGCAGUUGUUUAUUUUUACCUUCCUUCUCCAGACUUUUUUUCAAUUGAAUUAUACAGUCUAAAGGUCACAUUAAUGGUGGAAAAAUGAAUAAUUCCUCUUGGUCUAGUCUUUAAAAAACUGGCAUUUGAACGGGUGUGCAGAUGUUUUAUAUCCACAGUAUAUAUGUGUCUUUAUACGUAGUUUGAUUUCUCUGCAUUCAUAUAUCUGCAUCAGAGUGUGCAUGUUAGCAAAGCAUUCUAUGGUCAUCCCUGCCCCUGUAUGCUAGCAUCACAUCAUUACCAAUCUAGUUAUUCCAAGAGCCUGUCCCCGGGGCCACAGAUUCUUGCAGAGUACAAGAACAUGAGUCCUGUUGCUCCCUCUGUGCAACAAUGUACAGGUUUAAUCUCCAUUCAAUACCUUCAUCGUGUGGAGGUGUUUAGGAAUGAGGCUUUGAUGUGUUUGUGCAGUGAUGGAGAUCGUCUAAAAUUCUCACUACAUGAAGGACUGAACAUUUUGGUCAGUAGAUGCAUGUGUAUGGGCAUAUUUGCAAGUUGUUUUUGUAACUGUUUUAUGGGAUUUCAUCCGUCACUUCUGAUAUUGCAAUAUUGGAGAUUACAGGGAAAGGCAAAUAGCUCAAAUAUUGAUAAACACCAAAUUUCCCCAUCACAGAAAUGGCCUCAUUACAUGUCUUGUGUUUACACCCAUUUUGGCAGUACUACUGAAAGAUGCUGAAUACAUUAAUGUAAGCUGUGCAUUUAUUUUAUUAUCUGACAGACACGUACGCUGUGUGUUGGUAGUUAUAUCAGGAGCUUUUGAAUCACGGUGUAAUUACACCCUGUACUGUGCUUGAUGUAUAUUUAUGAUGUUUAGCAUUAUGAGGGACGUUAUUCCUAUUUUUUGAAAUGUCAGGUAAACAUCACCUGACGGAUUCUUAACUCCACAGAUGGAACAAUAAUGUACGUAGUUGUGUAAAUGAAAUGUAUAUGAUGGGUUACUACAGUUUUGCACUAACACCUGAGUUCUGUUUAUGUCCGCUUGGUUUUAAUAUCUGCUGUAAAGGCAAGUUAAAUUAAAGAAAUGUGAGCUGGGUGUUGGGGAAAAGGUGAAAAGGCUAGUCUUCAAAGAAUGUGUCCUUUUUCUGCCUUUUAUUUCAACAGCAGAUUCCUACUUCUGUCAACUAUUUGCAAGCCAAAAUGCAAUGUACAGUAGAUAUAUAUUUUAGACUUACUGCACUUAAGACUGUUUGUAAAUACAAUCAACUAAAGAAAUGAA